CUAAUAUAAAGUGCCACUAACAAGUACGAUUUCUGUCAAACUUAUGUACAGCUGGUUUUAACCGUAUACUAUUAAAACUGCAGCUGGUAAUACCACAUUCCGCUCGGCCAGUGUGUUUUCGAUAUUAUCGACCAAUGUAUUAUAAAAUCAUAAAUUAAUUAUAACACGACAUCCGAAGCUACAAUAGUACCGUUACUACCGUUCAGAACUUCUGUUUGAUAUAACCGCAACCGUAAGCGAGUACAAGAAAAGUUGUAAAAAUUAAGGUACUUAUUACUACUUAAUAAAAAAUACAAAGCAUGGUACCAUCCCGACGAUUAAACGGCACGUGCACGUGAUAUUAUGAGCAAAUGGCUCAUAUCGUCGCCGACCGGCGGAAAUCUUUUCCAUUUUUUGUAGCCCAAAAAAUUGUCUGCUCCACUCUGCACAAGCGCACCGCGCACUGAGUGAACAUAUGCACGGUUCUCUUAUCUCGAUCGCAUUAAACUGCAGUCUAAACUCGCUUUCUCACGAUUGGUGAUUUCAACUGGUUUGGUGUAACGAAGCAGUAAACUGCAGCGCUACAGACAUUUUCUGUGGCAGUUCUAUCUGCUUGCUUUCCCUUGUUUUCUGUUUUAUAGCGUGUUUUGUUUCAAACAUAAAACCGACAAGGAACCAGAGGAAACGAACUUGUUAACAGCAUUCCGGGAUGGUCUGGCGACAGCCUAUUUGACCGGGAUCCGGAAGUGUCGUGGUACUGUUACGGGAAGCUUCGUUCCCACGUGCAUGAUCCUCGCUGUGAGAAGCAGCUUCUGCCAUUAGCUGUUUCCAAGAGUCCGGCUCUUUCUACCUGUCAGCAUCAGUACGAUAGCCGAUUUUUUGGACCCUACCCUCCAUAUCUGACAACUACGUCGUCUGCGCGCGAUUACCCUUUCCAUUUACAUUCGCCAGCCAGUCACCCGUCUCCUGGAUGCCCUUCUGCGCUGCCGUUUCCGAUCAGCCAGUCUCCGGUCUCCUUUUCCGGAUAUCCUUUUCCACCCGCAUCCAGUACAUGCAGUUAUAUCUCAUCUGAUCUACGCAAAUUUGACCUGAAAUCGUACGCCCAUUGUCUGACCACGAUGGCCUCUAACAAACGCAAACAUUACGAUACGGAAAAUGACUCGGAUGCAGAAUCCGAUGCGAAAGAUUACAUCAAACCAGUGCCCUCUCCGACCACACUGAAUUUAUUGGCACAAAUUAAGGAACCAAAGUUGAAAGAUACCCACAUGAUGGAAUACUUGAAGCAACAGAAAAUGGAUAUGACGGUGUUAAUUCUCCAUGCUAAAGUUGCACAAAAGUCUUACGGAAACGAAAAACGAUUUUUUUGUCCACCACCUUGUGUGUACCUGCUGGGAAAUGGAUGGAGUGCAAAGGCGGAGAAGAUGCCUGCAGAUGUGCAGGUGUGUCCUUAUGUUGGAAUUGGUGGCGAUCAGGAAAUGCAGCAACUGGAUUUCCAAGGAAAGAAUUUCUGUGCAGCGAAAACAUUGUUUAUCUCUGAUUCGGACAAGCGGAAGUAUUUCACUCUGAUUUGUAAACUGUUCUACUCAAACGGACAUCCGAUUGGGACAUUCCACAGUCGUAAAAUCAAAGUCAUCUCUAAACCUUCGAAAAAGAAGCAAUCUCUGAAAAACACAGAUCUGUGCAUUCCAUCUGGAACGAAGAUCGCUUUGUUCAACCGGCUGCGCUCGCAGACUGUGAGUACGCGCUAUCUUCACGUUAUGAAUCAAGCGUUCCACGCUAGCUCUACACAAUGGGGAGCAUUCACCAUCCACCUUCUGGAUGAAAACGAGCCGGAAUCAGAAGAAUUUACCUCGAAAGAAGGUUAUAUUCACUACGGGUCAACAGUUAAAUUGGUUUGCGCGGUAACCGGCAUGGCGCUACCACGGCUGAUUAUCCGCAAGAUCGACAAGCAGAUGGCUCUCCUGGAUGCGGAUGAUCCGGUGUCUCAACUGCACAAAUGCGCUUUCUAUAUGAAGGAUACGGAACGAAUGUACCUAUGUCUUAGUGGCGAACGCAUCGUUCAGUACCAGGCGAGUAUAUGUCCGAAAGAACCUAAUCGCGAAAUGAUCAACGAUGGUACUUGUUGGACUAUUAUCAGUGUUGACCAGGCACAGUACCGCUUUUAUGAAGGUCUCGGUCCCGCUGCAAUUCCUGUUUCUCCAGUUCCUGUGGUCAGAAGUUUGCAUCUCAACGGUGGUGGUAAUGUGGCGAUGCUGGAGUUAAUCGGCGAGAAUUUCACUCCCCAGCUGAUGGUGUGGUUUCAGCAUAUUCAGGCGGAAACGCUUUACCGCUGCGAGGAAAACAUUCUGUGCGUUGUUCCUGACAUCAGUUCGUUCGGGGGCAUGUGGGAUUAUGCUAGUAUGCAAUCUCUGAAAGUUGCAAUCACAUUAGUCAGGAAUGAUGGCGUCAUUUAUCCAUCUGGUCUGACGUUCACGUAUACCCCGGAGCCAAAUCGAAGACUGUCGACUGGAUUCGAACGGCCGGAACCAUGAACUCUCCUUCCAUACGAGUAUUCUCCUCGUUCAGUUGUUGAUCUUUAAUUUGUUUUAUUGUUUUAUCGCGUUGUCUCUUAGAUUCGCUGGAAUCGAGUCAUACAAAUUGUCUGAUACAUGUUUUACUUUUUGAAUUCGCUAGUUAAGAAAAAUUCUUUUGACACCGAUGUUUUAAUCUGGGUUUUAACUAUUUGAUUCCACAAAAGUGGGAGUUGUAAAUAAUUUAUGCAUG